AUGGGCACUCUUUGCUUUUCGCGGCGCUGCUGUUUGCUUUUCGCUCUCGCCUGGGCCGGCAGGUUGGCGGGAGGCAGCGGGGGCGCAGAUGUUGAUGAGUGCGCAGAAGCUACGGAUGACUGUCACAUCGACGCAAUUUGUCAAAACACACCAAAAUCCUACAAAUGCAUCUGCAAGCCGGGCUACAAAGGGGAAGGGAAGCAGUGUGAAGAUAUCGAUGAGUGUGAAAAUGACUUCUACAAUGGGGGUUGCGUCCACGAGUGUAUCAACAUUCCAGGCAACUACAGGUGUACAUGCUAUGAUGGAUUCAUGUUAGCCCAUGAUGGCCACAACUGUCUUGAUGUUGAUGAGUGUCUGGAUAACAAUGGAGGGUGCCAGCAGAUUUGUGUAAAUACUAUGGGCAGCUACGAAUGUCAGUGCAAAGAGGGCUUUUUUCUGAGUGAUAACCAGCACACCUGCAUUCAUCGCUCCAUUGAGGGUAUGAACUGUAUGAACAAAGAUCAUGGGUGUGCACACAUCUGCCGGGAGACACCCAAAGGUGGGGUUGCCUGUGAAUGUAGACCUGGCUUUGAACUUGCCAAAAACCAGAAGGACUGCAAAUUAACCUGUAACUAUGGGAAUGGAGGCUGCCAGCACACCUGUGAUGACACAGAUACUGGCCCUGUGUGUGGCUGUCAUCAGAAGUAUGCCCUGCACUCAGAUGGCCGAACCUGCAUUGAGAAGGAUGAGGCUGCAAUUGAGAGUUCUGAGUACAAUGCCACGUCAGUAGCUGAUGUGGACAAGCGGGUGAAACGGCGGCUACUUAUGGAAACAUGUGCUGUCAAUAACGGAGGCUGUGAUCGGACUUGCAAGGAUACCGCAACAGGGGUACGCUGCAGUUGCCCAGUUGGAUUUACCCUGCAGCCUGAUGGGAAAACGUGCAAAGAUAUUGAUGAGUGUUUGGUAAAUAAUGGUGGCUGUGACCAUUUCUGCCGAAACACGGUUGGCAGCUUUGAGUGCAGCUGCCAGAAAGGCUAUAAACUGCUCACAGAUGAAAGGACCUGCCAAGAUAUAGAUGAGUGCUCCUUUGAAAGGACCUGUGACCACACCUGCAUCAACUACCCUGGAAGCUUUGAGUGUCUCUGCCACAAAGGCUACACCUUGUACGGACUGACACACUGUGGAGAUGUUGAUGAAUGCAGCAUCAGCAAUGGUAGCUGUGACUUUGGGUGUCUUAAUACCAUGGGGAGUUAUGAGUGUGUCUGCCCACCUGGAAAGAAACUGCACUGGAAUAAAAAGGACUGUGUUGAGAUGGUGAAAUGUCUCCCAAAUGCCAAACCAGCUCCCAAGGCUCAGCUAGUAUGCAGUAAGACAGGAGGCAUAGAGAGCUGUUUCCUGUCAUGCCCAUCCAAUACUCUUUUUGUUCCAGACUCAGAGAACAGCUACAUGCUGAGCUGUGGCGUCCCCGUGCAGCACGGCAAGGCGCAGCCCAGGCGCAAUUCCACCCUGCCCAGCUGCUCAGAUUCCCUAGCCCCUCCAGUCAAGCAGAAAGCUCGUUUUAAAAUCAAAGAUGCAAAAUGCCAUUUACGGCCUCGCAGCAAAGAAAAAACAAAAGAUUCUGGGAAGCAGGCUGUUUCAGGAGGUCAGUUCCCCUGUACAGACAACUGCCAGGUGACCUUUGUGAAUCUCAAGUGUGAUUCCUCCAAGAAAAAACGCCGAGGCCGCAAGUCACCAUCAAAAGAAGUGUCCCAUAUCACUGCAGAGUUUGAAGUGGAGAUGAAGUCUGAAGAAGUCUCAGACACCUGUAACAUUGACUGUGUUCGGAAAAGGAUGGAGCAGAAGCUGCAAACUGCAAUCAAAACAUUGAGGAAAUCUAUUAAUAAACAGCAAUUUUACAUUCAGUUUUCUGAGACAGAAUAUGAAGUGGCUCAGAAGCCAGCUAAAGCUACUGAAGGGCAUGAAGCGUGCAGUACAGGGCAAGUACUGCAGGAUGGAAAAUGUGUUACCUGCAGCACGGGCACCUUUUAUAGCGGAGAACACAACCAAUGCAUCCCGUGCUCACCAGGAACCUACCAGGACACAGAAGGCCAACUCACCUGUGAGCCUUGCCCCAGCAAUGAUAGCCAGGGAGUAACAGGCGCCCGGAACGUCUCGGAAUGUGGAGGGCAGUGUUCUCCUGGGCACUACUCUUCAGAUGGUUUUAAACCUUGUACAGUCUGUCCUCUUGGUAUGUAUCAGCCUGAACCAGGAAGGACCCUCUGUUUUACCUGUGGCGGUGGGCUUAUGACCAAAUACGAAGGUGCUGUUUCCUUUCAAGACUGUGAAACCAAAGUUCACUGUUCUCCUGGACACUACUACAACUCCACAACACACAGAUGUAUCCGGUGCCCUGUGGGAACAUACCAGCCUGAGUUUGGUCAGAACUACUGCAUCACCUGCCCUGGCAACACCAGUACAGAUUUUGAUGGCUCCACCAAUGUCACGCACUGCAAAAACCAGCACUGUGGAGGAGAACUGGGGGACUACACUGGCUACAUUGAAUCACCCAACUAUCCUGGAGACUAUCCAGCUAAUGUGGAAUGCAUUUGGAACAUAAAUCCACCCCCAAAGAGAAGAAUACUCAUCGUAGUACCUGAGAUAUUUCUCCCAAUUGAGGAUGAAUGUGGCGAUGUUUUAGUAAUGAGAAAAAGUGCUUCUCCUACUUCAAUUACUACAUAUGAAACAUGUCAGACCUAUGAGAGACCUAUUGCAUUUACCUCAAGAUCAAGGAAACUCUGGAUUCAGUUCAAGUCAAAUGAAGGAAACAGUGGCAAAGGAUUUCAGGUCCCCUAUGUGACUUACGAUGAGGAUUACCAACAACUAAUAGAAGACAUUGUUAGAGAUGGCCGAUUAUAUGCAUCAGAAAACCAUCAAGAAAUUCUAAAGGACAAGAAACUGAUUAAAGCUCUCUUUGAUGUACUGGCACACCCUCAAAACUAUUUCAAGUACACAGCACAAGAGUCAAAAGAAAUGUUUCCAAGAUCAUUUAUAAAGCUGCUGCGAUCGAAAGUUUCCAGGUUUCUACGACCAUACAAAUAGUCGAGUGGUAUUCAAUUUUUGGUUACUUUACAUUCCUGUCAAAUAUUGUCUUUCCUCCAUAGCAGAAACAUUUGCUAAUUUGAAAGCUCUUUUUUGCAGACUUUGUUCACAAUUGAUAACAAAGAACACCUAUAAUGUUUUAUAAUUGUUAAAACUUGAUGUUCUGAAUAGGAUUCUUACUAAAAAAAAAAAAUAAUAAUUACGCAUCCCUGAGUAUAUCUAGUUACAGAUCCACAUUUGAGUCUGCACUAGUGUAUCCUCACUUUCCAUUUGAAAUCUCAUUAUGUAAAAAUAUUCUUUCUAGCUUUUUAUUUUUCAUCAACAAUAACUUUUGUCAAAGAAAGGAGGAAUCUAUUCAAAUAUGAUUAAACUACCUGCAGAUAAGUUCUGUUAUAGAAAGAAGUAUGUAGUAUAAAUAAUGCUUGGAUUUUGAAUUGCACUUGAAGUUUAUAUUUGAAUCUUUAGAACAAAAUGAAACAAUGUAAAUUUUGUUAUUUCUCAUUUGUGGCUUGGUGGAACCUCUGUCCAAAUAGAAAUCAAAAAGGAAAAAAAAGAAGAAAAAAUCUAUAAUUUUCUUUUAUGAAUUACAUGAGAUUGAGUCCCAUGCCCUAAUGUCCUAAUGUUUUUAUCUGUCCUCUUCUAAACUUCUUCAGAGGUUUGCCACUGUCAAUUACUUAAUUGAAACAGAUUUAGCUCUGGAUUUCCAUGCAUCAAUCGGUCCCUUUAAAGACAUUUACAACAGGAUAUGUGAGAAAUGAACAACAACACUAGUAGUCUUGGUUUUCUUUCCAUUAAGAGAGCAUCUAAUUAAGUACAUUAUAUAAAUAUAUAAAUAUAUACUUCUAUUUGUGGGUACAUUAGUAAUGUUAUCUCUAGUUACUGUAAAUAUUAUUAAUGCUUAAAUCUUUACUCCCACACACCCUAUUUACUCAUAUAUAUAUGUAACUUUGUGUA